CGGCGCGCAGCUGGAGCUGGGCUGCCGUGGCGCGAGGUCUCCAGCGCUCCGAGGUCUCCCGCUCCCCGCGGUCUUCGCUUCCACCAUGAGGCUAAGAAGUGCCGGCCUUCUCCUCCUGCUGCUCAGCGGCCUGCACGCCGUUAUUCAAGAAGAAGUCAGAGCCAUGGUGGGCAGCAACGUCAAGCUCAGCUGCAUUUCCACCGAAGAAAAGACUUUUGAUUUGAAUGAACUGUUUGUUUAUUGGCAAAUUGGUGCGACUGAAAAACCGGAAACUGUGACUUACUACCUGUCCGGGAACAGCUCCGCAGGCCAUGGCAAUAACCACUACAAGGAUCGGGCCCAGCUGUCCCUGGACAGCAUGAAGCAGGGCGACUUCUCUGUCCAUCUGUACAACAUCACCCCCCAAGACGAACAGAAGUUUAACUGCCUGGUGUUUAGUAAAUUAGUGAAGAUCUUGCAUGUUGUGGUGACACUGCAUGUGGCAGCAAACUACAGCAUGCCCGUGGUCAGCACGCCCGACAACGCCCCCGAGGAUGAGGAGCUCACCUUCACCUGCACGUCCACAGACGGCUAUCCCUGGCCAAACGUGUACUGGAUCAACCGGACGGACAACAGCCUGCUGGACAAGGCCCUGCAGAACAGUACGGUCUCCCUCAAUGCGCGGGGCUUGUACGACGUGGUCAGCGUCCUGAGGAUCCGGCGGACCCCCAACGUGAACGUCGGCUGCUGCAUCGAGAACGUGCUUCUGCACCAGAACCUGACUGUCGCCAGCCACACCGGGAUAAUAGAAACAUUCAAAGGUAACGACACCGAGGUGCUACCUGACACCCACCCGGACAGAACCAGGGCCAUGGUGGCCGCGAUCACUUUGCUGCUGACUGUGGUGGUGGCAGCGGCCGCAGGCUGGUGGUGCCGGAGCCGGUGUCCGGGCAAGAACUAUACAGGUGCCCAGGCUUUGAGGCCGGAGCUGGGGUUCACGGACCAUGUCUGACCAGAGCUUGGAUGUGGACAAGGGACAUCAGAUGGCUGCUUGAGGAAUGACUCCAGCAGGCUGGGGACAAAGGGGCGCCGUCAGCCUAGGCCAUUAACGGGGGCUCCAUGGACACGAAGCCUCUCUGGCCUUGGAGGGGACAUGCAGGGGCCCCCGCUGGAAAGACUGCCCUUGACCCCAGGGAGAAGUGCCUUGAGCUGCCCUCCCGAGCUAGGCCCUUUUGGAAGGCGGGCACCCCAUCUUCACUGCCAAACACAGCAGAAAGGACCUCAAGGUGGCUCCUUCCCACCGCCAGCCCCCAGGAGGCCUUGGCGCGCUCUCCUGUCCCAGCCGCACACGGCGGGGCCAGGGCUCGGAGCCUGGCUGGCAGGAGGUGGCGCCCCUGUGGGGAGAAGAGGGAAGGCGCCUCUCUCCUGGGGCGGCCUGAGGGUGCCGGAGGGUGUUUGCGGGGUGCACGUCCCGAAUGCAGGGAAUGGAAAUGGCCAACUCUGAGGCCCGCGGGUUCUCGACGAUUCUCCGGGAAGGAAGCGGCCUCCACUGCUCUGGUGAAAAGCUGGUUCCCCUCCUGUGACAGCACAGUGGCUUCCGUGGAGGGCUGACGCCACGGGCCCAGGCUCCGUCUGCAGCAGGAGAGCUGUGGCUCGGGAGGCGCGAGAACAGGCGUUUCCAGCGGCCGCGGGCUUGGACAUGUGAUCGCCGAUGUCCUUCAGAGCGGGGCCGUGACGGGGACCGAGAGGGCACUCCGCGGUGCGGCAGCCUGUCGGGACGCACAGGAAUUUCCUCGAAAUGUGGGCUGGGCAGCUCCUUGCCGCCCCUGCUGUCGCCAGGGCCUCUGACGGAGACCUUGAUGCAAACACCGGGUUCCUCGGAGCCCACCGGACCCCCCAGGUGACGGCAGGUGGGCGUGGUCCUGGCCCCCCAGCAGUUUCCAUGUUGUUGCCUGGAACGACUCUUGCAGUUUAAUGUUUCCAGAAGGUUCUGCAAAGGAGGCUGCCAGAUAACCCAGGUGUGCACACCCAGGGAAACAGCCUGUGGUUCCGCCCGUGGUCGUUCAGCACUGAUGGGCCCCAGACCCAGACUUGGAGCAGAAGUGAGGACCAGGCUCCGUGGUGAAGCCCAGUCCAACACUCAUCACAAGAAAGCCCUCGUUUGUCUUUGGAGAUAAAAGCCCUCGUGGCUUUUAAAUGAGCAGGACAAGGAACCCAGACUUUUAAGUUGAAAGCAUUAGGAUGCACAUGUCAUCCCUAAAAGAGUGACAGAAAGGUCACUAACUGGUAUUUGGGGCAAAGAAGCACUGGUGUGGUGCCCGUCCUCCACCCCCAGACCCUGAGGGGCCCCGGGGGUGCUCGGCCGGGACCGCGCCCUGCCGGGGGGUGGGGGCAGCCACAGGGAAGCUGAAUCUGGUCCCGAUUCUCCUGCCAGAAGCUGGUUUCCUCCGGAGGGGAGGCAGCAGAGGACGGCUCUCCUGCUUCUGCCCUGUCGCCCCUGCGCCUGGGGGGGCGCCCCUCAGUCCUCUCCCCGCACCGUGCUGACCUGGGGCUCCUGGGUUUGUCAUGUGGCCGCUGGUCCCUGACAACCCUCAGCCACAGCCUGGCAGCCCGCCCUGGGCCUGGGGAGAGUGGACCGGCCUCUGGGACACAGCACACGUCCUGUCCCCUAGGCUUGUGCUCCCAGCCCCCUCUCGUGCUAUGCUGUACAUGGGCCGAACGCCUGUGCUUGACAUCUGUCCCCACAAACCCAAUUUAAGAGAAUAUAAGC